AACCAGCAGGUGAGGAGCGGUGCCUGGGCUCGCUGUGGCAUGGGCGGUGAGGCGGCUGUGUCACCGGGAGAGGAGGGGACAGGCAGGACGUGCCAGGCUCCAGCACGCACUGGGCUCUGCUGCAGAAAAUCCCAGCCUGGGCCAGCGUGAGAAGCUCCUGUGGCACGACGCUGGGCGCCAGGAGAUGGACCCCCGGGCAAGGCAGGAGCACAUCAACACGCUCGGGAUUGUCUUGGGUGUUGGGCUGGCCUUGCUUAUCCUGGUGCUUUUUGGCUACACCUUCGUCCGGUGGUACCAGAGGGGCCAAUGCUGGCGCCGGCCCAACUUCGUCUUCAACCUCUACCACACCUGUGGGCUGGGGUCGGUGGCGGUGGAGCUGGUGCCACCUUUCAGCAUCAGCGGCUUGCUGAGCGAGGCGGGGAGCGGCUACGUGCCUUUCCACGACCGGGGGCCGUGA